AUGCAACGAUCACUCGUCUUCACGGCUCACCGCCGCGGCCCAGCAACUGGCAUGCGCUUCUUCUCAGCCAGCGCCGCGCGACCCGCAAUCAACAAGAUAGUCUCAUCUGCCGAAGAAGCUAUUAAAGACAUGAAGUCUGACACCACAGUCUUGGUCGGCGGAUUCGGUUUCUCUGGUGUACCAAAUACCCUCAUCAACGCGCUACGCGACCGAAAAGAUCUCGGAAACUUCACAGUUGUCAGCAAUAAUGCAGGUAUGCCGGGUGUGGGCCUGGGUCAGCUAUUGGAAACGAAGCAGAUCGGUACAAUGAUUGCCAGUUAUAUCGGAGACAACAAGGUGUUUGAGCAAAUGUACUUGAAGGGGCAAUUGAGUCUGCAGUUGACCCCCCAGGGCACAAUCGCAGAGAAGUGCGCUGCUGGAGCCGCAGGAGUACCAGCGUUUUAUACACCAGCAGCUUAUGGCACGAUAGUACAAACCGGUGAACUUCCCGUCCGUUACAACACCGAUGGCACAAUCGCCGUCAUGGCUCCCCCCAAAGAAACCCGCGAAUUCAACGGAAAGUCCUACGUCAUGGAAGAAGCCAUCUUCGGCGACUACGCAUUCGUCAAAGUCGCAAAAGCCGACAGACUAGGCAACUGCCAGUUCCGUAAAGCACAAAACAACUUCAACGAGGCCAUGGGCAAGAACGCGAAAAUGACCAUUGUCGAGGCAGACGAGAUUGUAGAAGACGGAGCAAUUGCACCAGAGGAUAUUCACCUCCAGGGCAUUUACGUUAAGAGGGUGAUCAAGAGUACCGUUGGCAAGGAAAUUGAACGGAAAGUGUUCUGGAAGAGUCCAGAGGAGCAGAAGAAGGCGUUGUUGGAAGGUGGCUCAACAGAAGCAUCCCAAAAGCGCGAACGCAUCAUCAAGCGCGCAGCCCAAGAACUGAAAGACGGCAUGUAUGUCAACCUCGGCAUCGGCAUGCCACUUGCGGCCCCAGCCUUCCUGCCCGAAGGCACAGAAAUCGUGCUGGAGAGUGAAAACGGUAUCUUGGGUAUGGGACGGUAUCCCGUGCCAGGUGAAGAAGACCCAGACCUCAUCAACGCCGGCAAAGAAACAGUCACUCUAAUCAAAGGCGCCUCUACGUUCGGCAGCCACGAGUCCUUUGGCAUGAUUCGAUCGGGGAGAAUAGAUGUGGCCAUGCUAGGUGCUAUGCAGGUAAACCAAUUCGGAGACCUAGCAAACUUCAUGCUCCCCGGCAAAGUAAAAGGCAUCGGCGGCGCCAUGGACCUAGUCGCCAACCCCACGCAGACGAAAGUCGUCAUCACAAUGGAGCACGUGGACAAGAAGGGCAACCCCAAGAUCCUCAAACAAUGCACUUUCCCCUUGACAGGGCAAAAGUGCGUGAGCACUAUUAUCACGGAUUUGGCCGUCUUUGACGUCGAUCGUGUCAAGGGAUUGACGCUGAAGGAACAUGCAAAGGGUGUUAGUGUUGAGGAGAUUCGGAAGAAGACAGAGGCUGAGUUUGAGGUUAGUGGCGAGUUGAAGGAGAUGGAUGUGUAG